UACAUAUUGUUGCUUUACGCAGAGUACGUAGAGUGGAAAGCGCAAAUACGAAUUUUACUCUAGUUUAGUAAAAUGGCGGAGCAAAAGGAAGAAGACGCUAUUCAACUACAUCAGGAGGCCGUCGAUAAAAAUAGCAUCCCUAUCAACCCGGAGGAGAAGAGCAGAGACCUGCUCGAUACUCCUACUGCACCAGCCAGCGCUGCAAAAACUGAAUCAUCUACUGACAGUGAGAGAAACGCGUCCGUGUCUUCCUCUGAGAGACAUGUGUCGGUUCAGACUGAGCUGGAGGGCCUGGAAAAGCUGGUAGACCUUAAUGGAGCUGGAAGAAAGAACUGCCCACUUUGUCCAGAGGAAAAGUUCAAAGCUUGUUACAGUCACAAACUACGGCGCCACCUACAGAACCUACACUGGAAGGUCUAUGUGGAAUUUGAAGGUCAGAGAAUGUGCAUCUGUCACCUGCCCUGCAGGCAACUGAAACCCAGCCCCAAUGGAGACCAGGCCACUGGACGGCUGGUAGCCCAUUAUCACUGCGUGGUUUGCUCAGUGACCAUUGCUCGCAAGACUGACAUGAUCAGCCACCUCAAGCGCCACGUGAACAAGGGCGAGACUGAGGCAAGCUACACAGGGAGUGCGGAGGUGCCUGUUGAGGAUCCAGUUCCUUCUGGACAGGCCUAUGAAAUAAUGAAAGAAUUGGGCACCAAUGUUCAGCUCCUUCCGAACUACACCACCCCACAGAAGAGUGACACCUACUUUAACCGGAAAAUGAAAAUGAACAGACAGCUUGUGUUCUGCUCAUUGGCAGUUCUGGCAGGAGAGAGAAACCCUCUGGAGUGUCUCGAUGCUUUUGGUGCCACAGGCAUCAUGGGUCUACAGUGGGCUAAGCAUCUUCGCAACUCGGUCAAGGUGACAAUCAACGACAUUAACGAGGCCUGUGUUAAAAUGAUCCGGGAAAACUGCCACCUCAACAACGUCCGAGUGGAAGGCAACCGAGGGUCCCGGCACGCUGACGACCCUGGCCGUGCAGAGGAUGCACCCCUCGCUUCGGUGGAGGUCGUCAAGAUGGAUGCCAAUGUUGUCAUGCACUUGCGUCCUUUCGACUACAUACACCUGGACCCCUUUGGGACAGCAGUGAACUACCUAGAUGCGGCUUUUCGGAAUGUGCGCAACCUGGGCAUCGUAUCGGUGACGUCCACCGACACGGGGUCGCUGUACUCCAAGGCCCCGAACGUCACCCUGCGGCACUACGGCUGCCAGAUUGUGAGGACGGAGUACUACAAGGAGCUGGCAGCCCGCAUGGUCGUCGCUACAGUGGCAAGGGCGGCUGCGCGCUGCAACAAGGGCGUGGAGGUGCUGCUGGCUGUGGCCGUCGAGCACUUCGUCCUGGUGGUGGUGCGGGUGCUGCGAGGCCCCACCCAGGCCGACGAGGCAGCAAAGAAGAUACGGCAGCUCCUGCACUGCCAGUGGUGUGAAGAGAGGGUCUUCCUGAAGCCCGGGAGCAUGGUGGAAGAGAGUCUAUACAAACAGCUACCCUGCAGCUGCCACGGGAGCAUGCCGGGAAAGACGGCUGUGGAGCUGGGCCCCCUCUGGGCAGGUCCCCUUUUCAACACGGGCUUCCUCCGGCGCAUGCUGGCGGCAGCCGUGCAGUACAGCAUGGAUGACGUGCAGCCGCUGGUGAAGACGCUCAUCUGCGAGUCGGAGUGCACCACCCUCAAGGCCUUCUCCGUCCACGGCCCCACCCUGCACGCCAAUCAGGUGGAAUGCGGUGUGGUCAUUAAAACGGUACAGAAGGCAGAGGACACGGCCUCAGUGGACCAAUCAGGGAAGAGGAAGACCACUGAGGAGUCCGGGAACGUGCUGAAGAAAGCAAAGUCGGAGACGUCGAUGGAGCAUCCGGCGUUCUACUACAGCAUCCACCGGCACAGCAUCCGCGGCAUGAACAUGCCCAAGUUGAACAAAUUUCUCCAGUACCUGACGGAGGCAGGAUUCCGGGUCAGCAGGACUCACUUCGACCCAACGGGGGUGCGCACCGAUGCCACCCUGAGCCAGUUCAAGGCAGUGCUGACCAAGUACAGCGUGCCCACCUACUCCACCACGCAGGUGGGGGCCCGCAGCCUGAGUGUGGACGCACGCUGCCAGCCCGUGGAGUGACCCCUCCCUCAGGCCUCGCCUUGCGUGGCCCUCAGACGACGGACACGUUCUUACUGCACUGAUACUUUUCCUUUAGUGUGAUUUUAUUUUUAUAAUAUUUCUUCUUUAAAAGCCUUUUUUUUAAAGGGGUCUUUUGCUUUUCUCUUUGCAUCACAAAGACCAAACGCUGUUCUGAAUCCGCAGCCCAGACUUCGAGUCAGCGUGCGAAGAGCUUCUCUCUGACCGUGCCCUGAGUUUGAAGUGCACUGUACCGAGCAGGUGAUCCUCUCCUACGCUUCUGGGGGCUGGUGAUGCACUUUUACUGCGUCUCUCAAAGCGGAGACCCAAGGAUCAGCUUGGGCCCUUCCUCUUAGCAGUGAUUUUAUUUUUAUAAUAUUCCUUCUUUAAAAGCGCUGCAGUUUACCAGCCUUCCUCUUAGGUGUGAGCUGUGAAGAAUCCAAUGUAUUUUAAUGCUAUGGAGACUGGAUGGGGUCUGCUAUAUUGCUUGGUUUUAUGGUAAUUUCAGAAAGAUAUAUUAAACAUGGAUGUGAAAUA